CCUUCACCCGCCAUGGGUCACUCUGCACCCCCAGCACCACCGCCACUGGCCCUGUGGCUCCUGUUCCUGGCCAUUUCCACUUGGCGGACGCCCUCCGUCAGCGGCUAUCUGAACAUUUUCAUCAGCCACCACGAGGUGAUGAAACUGAUGGGACUCGAGGCGGACCUGUUCUAUGUGCACGAGGGAGCCAUCAACACAUACGCGAUGCACUUCACCGUCCCAGUGCCCGCGGACAUCCACGAGCUGGAGUUCUCCAGGCAGAGUCUCAUCGCCUAUCCGCCACUCUGCCUUAAAAUCUAUCCCAGUCCCUGA